UUUUGUUCAGUAGUUGUUUUCAUUGUUGCUUUUGUUUUGCUUAUCUUAAAACAUAUCCGACGCAAUGCCAAAUAAACUCCUUUGGUUGAGAACUGUGAGGGCAAAUGUAUUAUUUAUUUUUUUUAUUUUUUGACUGAAAUUCCAAGGUCGAAGAGACUUCUAAGGUCGUGUGUUUAUAUAUGUUUAAAACUUAACCCCGAUAUCUACAUGGGCAUGUAGGCUCCAAAGAGUUCAGUGUUCCGCUCAGUGGACGAACCAAUCGCGUGCCACAUAAUUGGUCUCCCGCCCCGAUCUCAUUCUGUCGCACUUUAUUUUCGUGGCAACCGUUUCCACAGCACCCUAUAGUCAACAAUUUUUAGUACAUAUAUGUAAGUUUUUCAAGGGUCUGUUACUGUUGCUCCAGUGAAAGGCGUUUGCAAAGAAAUGGGUUUCCUUGGGCGACAUCAAGUUCUUUCAGCUGCCACCGUUUUUGUGCUGGUGCUUUACCUUGGACAAGGAGCUUGUGAUUCAAUUUGCCCUAAUGGCAUUACAAACAUAACAGAAACGACUGGCUACAUUACAUAUCCCAGCUCUGGUGAUUAUGGCGUGAACGAGACAAGAUGUUGGAUGUUUAAAGUACCCGAGCCUUACGUAAAGGUUGCCUUUGUUUUUCACAGGUUGGAUAUUGAAGAGUGCAAAUCUUGUCAGUGCGACUUUAUGCAAGCCUACAACGAUUACAACGUUUUGCAAUAUGCCGGCAAAAUAUGCAGAAGAAAUUCUUUCGAAUAUUUAGAACAUCGCCGACUUGAAGUAGGGAACCCAGUUGGCUAUUAUGUAGAUGGAACGACACUGUACUUACGUUUCGUCUCGGAUGAAGCUGUUCAUCUCAAAGGAUUCAAUGUCAGCAUCGUCCCUGGUUCCUAUAAUGGUAAGUUAUGAUAUACGGUUAAAUCUUCACUCGAGCAACGAAAUAGAAAAUAGCGCGCACUGAGGUCAAAGCCAACACAAUUGGAGUGCUUAAGGGAACCUUUUUUUAACAUAAAGCCUGGUUCUCGAUUCUCAUAUGUCGCUGACAUACCUGGGACAUGCCGCCGGCACGGCAUAUGUGAACGGUGACUCCUUUCCCUUUAACAUUUAUGGGAAAUCUAGCUACUAGUAGACGGGAACUAGACUUGCAACGUACAACUCUUGGCCCACUAACAUUGUAUACAACCCAGGGGCCCCUGAUACAACCAUUCAGCAGAGAGAGCGCAAGUGUUAAAUAAUGAGUCUUUUAAAACGUAGACUAAGCUGAGAUACGUUGUAACGCGGGACUCAUUUCCUUAUGCUGGUUUUAAAGAAACAAAGCUCUAUUACGGCUACCUGUGUGCAUACGGCUGGUGCCGCUGAAAUUUGAAUCAAUAACCCGUCAGCAUUCAGCAUGGCGGGAAAAACUAUGCUGUCCUGAAGUCUAGCGUAUGUUCUUGACUUUAUUAAGUUCUAAAAUUACUGAGUUCAGAAUUAUGAAAUGUUAAA